CUUUGUCUAACGACCGCGACUGUCUCUUAUAUAUUUGAGGCUCUUCAAGGAGACCACAUAUCAUUGUCUCCUCACCUCCUGUAGCUCGUGCUCUCACAACCUCUCCAAGCAUCGAACCUCCCAGGGCUUUGCACAUUCCGAACGGCCUACCAAGGAACGCAGAAGGUAGAAGCAUACCAAUAAGGAGCUGGAAACUAUGUCAAAGAGACGAGUGGCAUACUACUAUGAUCCCGACGUGGGUUCGUACACAUACGGCCUGACACACGCCAUGAAGCCACAACGCAUGCGUAUCACGCAUGAGCUCGUCUCUGCAUAUGAUAUGCUGCCCAAGAUGCACGUCCUGCGCGCGAAACGCGCCACGGCGGAGACCAUGACGCGUUUCCACACGGACGAGUACAUCGACUUCCUCGCGAAGGUCACCCCGGAGAACGCGCGCAGAUUGACCUACCAGGGCACGCGUUUCCUCGUGGGAGACGAUAAUCCUCCAUUCGAAGGCGUCUUCGAGUUCUCAUCCAUCUCUGCCGGAGGUUCAAUAGCCGCCGCGAAACGCCUCAUGGAAGGACAGGCGGACAUCGCAAUCAACUGGGCCGGCGGGCUGCACCACGCAAAGAAGCGCGAGGCCUCGGGCUUCUGCUACAUCAACGACAUAGUCCUCGGUAUCCUCGAGAUGCUCCGCUACGCGCCACGCGUGCUCUACAUCGACAUCGACUGUCACCACGGCGACGGCGUUGAGGAGGCGUUCUACACUACGGAUCGUGUUAUGACCGCGUCCUUCCACAAGUUCGGCGAGUUCUUCCCUGGCACAGGCCAGAUCACGGACAGAGGCCGCGGUCCCGGGCGCGGCUAUGCAGUCAACGUCCCGCUCAAGGACGGCAUCACGGACGAGUCGUACAAGAGCAUCUUUGAACCAGUGAUAGACAAGAUCAUCGACGUCUUCCGCCCAUCCGGGAUCGUGCUCCAAUGCGGCGCGGACUCGCUCUCAGGGGACAAGCUCGGCGGGCUGAACCUCACGAUGCAGGGUCACGCGCACUGCGUGCAGUACGUGCGCGCGAAGAAUAUCCCUCUCAUGCUCCUCGGCGGCGGCGGGUACACCGUCAAGAACGUCGCGCGCGCGUGGACGUACGAGACCGCCUGCGCGCUCGGCAUCGAGCAGGACAUCGACCCGAAUCUGCCUUGGAACGAGUACUUUGAGUGGUUCGGGCCACGCUACCGGCUUGAGGUGCUCGAGAGCAACCUUGAGGACUUGAACUCACGCAACAACGCACUAGACGGUAUCAGGGAGUCCGUUUUGCGAGAUUUGUCGCAGCUUCAGCCUGCGCCUUCAGUGGGGAUGCAGGACGUCCCUCGGGAAGGCCUCGGGCGGCACCUCGGUCUCUCAGGCACCCGCUCACAGGGACCUAUCGACGACAUGGAUGAGCGGCUCGCGCAGCACGCGCGAUUCGUAUACGACCUCCAGGGCGAAUCCGACGAGACCCGCUCCGAGUCCGAAGGCGAAGACGACUCCGACGCCUCGUCCUCCCGCCGCACUCGCGGCCGCCCCGCGCGCAAGAUCCGCGGCGGAAAGAAACGCAUGAGCAUUAUGACCUCACAGUACUUCGACGUCCCACGGCACCCAGCAGACUACGACCCCGACGCGAUGGACAUCGACGGCGACGAGGAUGGGUGCGGGCACGGGCACGAGCACGCCGCAUGGGCGAGCGCGCGCGCGGGACUGCCCACCGGCACGGGCAAGCGGCGCUUCUUCCAGAGUUUCACGGAGUGGGACCCGGUCAAGAAGGUCCUCACGGAGCGCGAACGCGCAGGUGCCAGGGCGGGCGCGGAGGGGAACAUGGUAAAUGGAGGGAAGCCGAGGGCGCGGGGCGGCGCGCGGGCGCGGACGAGGGGCGGCGCGAGGGCGCGAGCACGGGAAAGGGCGCGCGACGAGGACAUGGAAGAGGUGGAGGCGGAUGGGGACGUAGAGGAUGAUGAAGAUUGAGGUCGUGGGUCAGUUCUCCAUGCUAUCCAAUGCUGUAUCUCUGUAUAUCUAGUCGGAUUUGUACUACGCUGUUGUUUUUCUGUUUUCCGUACGAUCAACGCCGAU